GUCACGUGAUCCGGUGUCGUGGGUCAUUCCUCUCUCAAAAUGGAGUUGUCUGAGUCCGUGCAGAAAGGGCUGCAGUCUCUAGCAGACGCGACGUUUUUCGACAUGAAAACCUUCUCAGUGUUCAUAGAAGUGGCUUUUCGCAGUUUGCUAUCAGCCCAUGCAGAUCGUAGUGUUCUCGAUCAGCCUGAAUUUAAACGUCUUGACCAGAAGUUGCUGAAACAUUGUCAUACUGCUGCCACGACCUGCAUACUGGAGGGGGUCAAACAAAAUGCUGACAAAUCCACUAUAAGUGCGUGCCUGGAGGAUGUUGGUUUUGAUGCGGAGAGAACAGAAGUUUUCUACACUACGUACCAGAAAUGUAGAAGUGAUCUGGAAACUCUAUUGUCAAGUUUAGGGAGAUGCCCACCUCAUAUCAAUGACGUGUCCUGGCGCCUGGAGUACUGUAUCAAGAACGGGCAUGUGCAUAAGGUCAACGAGCCGUCCUAUCUGAUUUCAUUAAACGUUGAGCCUAUACUUUUACAGAAUGCCAACAACGGAGGAUCGUCAGAAGAUCUACAUUUUAGCUGCACGAUGGAGCAACUUCAGGAUUUGGUGGGAAAGAUGAAAGACGCUGCCAAGAGUCUCGAGAAGGCUACGCAGUUGUAAACUUGCGUUGUGCUCGAAGCGCCCUGCAAGAACUGUGGAAUCCGGUUUCUCACGUGACCCCUCUUCUCUUCUCAUCUACUCCACUCUUCUCUCUUCUCAAAGCAAUGAAGUUCAGCGAUUUCAAGCGGUGUUGAUAUUAUUUGUGUCCGCAUUGUAUUUUAUACUAAUUUCUUUCGUAAGUAUAUAUACUGUUGGUUGUCUGUUCUGCAAAGAUGUAUUGUUAUCAAUAAAUACGUUCAAUGAAA